AUGCAGAGAAAGGCCCCAGUCAUGGAAACAGCCCAAGGGAAGAGCGGGGAAAACUUUUCAAAGUCGAAGUACGCUCAGACGCCUCGCCGUGAAGAGUUCAAGGACGGUGCCAUGAUUCCUAUCUUAAAGGAGAGAGGGAACAAGCAAGAGUGCAGCAAUUACAGAGGCAUCUCACUUCGGUCAACUGCGGGUAAAUUGCUUGGCAGACUGAUCCAGAAGCGCCUCCAGACCAUUCUUGACGCAGUCCUCCCAGAGUCACAGUGCGGCUUCCACAACUCCAGGUCAACCACUGACACGGUCUUCAUUCAACGCCAGCUGCAACAGAAAGGCUUCGAACAGAACAUGUACUUCGUCUUCAUAGACUUCAUCAAAGCAUUUGAUUCACUGAACAGGGAAUGUCUUUGGAUACUCGUUUGCCGCUAUGGCUGUCCCGAAAGCAUCGUCAGCCUCAUCUCCCAGUUACAAACCGGCUUUAUGGCUCAAGUUUCUCUAAAUGGCACUCUCUCAGAACAAGUGCUCGUGAACCAAGGUGUCAAAAUUGAUUGUGCUCGUGAGCUGCCCUUUGCUGAUGAUUCUGCCAUGGCGUCACGCUCUGAAUCUGAACUCCAAGGCAUGCUUGACGCCCUCGCUCAAAGCCUUGGCCCCAUCAUUAACACCACAAAGAUAUUGAAGUUAUGCUCCAGUCUCCACGAAACACUGUCAAUGCCGUCAAUACUGACAAAGACAUCUCAAGGCCUGUGA